AUGGAGGAGGAUGACUUCGACGGCCAUGAAGGAGGGGAAGACGCCGACGUGGCCUACCACCGGGACAUGGGGGAGAGGAACUACAACCGGCUGCAUGCCAUCCACACCACCGCCGGGUUCAGGGAGGGGGUGGGCGAAACGUCGGACGAUGCCGUGGUGCAAGCCGGCUUCAACGCCGGGUUCCAGGAAGGCGCUGCCCUCGGCUUCCGGCGUUCUCUCCACCGUUCUCUGUUCACGGCGGUGACGGCGGCCUACGGGGAUCGGGAAGCGGUGGCGGCGCUCCUGAACGAAGUGGAGGACACCCUACGGCGAUGGGAACGACGGGCAGGCAUAGCCGUGGGCGGUGGGCGGUGGGCGAUCGAUGCGUCGACCAAUGUUCACGUGCGGCCGAUCGCCGAGGCCGCCCAGUGCGAGGAGCAGGCCAGGGUGGAGGAGCAGCUCAUGCCGCAGCUGCUGCGGGCGGCGGGGUUGCCCAACGAACUGUGCGACCCGGCCCGACUGGCGGCACACAACCCCUUCGCCCUGGGCGGGUCCUGA